AUGGCGCUCGCGGAAGGUUGGCUCGUUCAUCGUGGGAGGGAGACCUGUGCUUUUAGCCACGAUCGAUGCCGCCAAGCGGCGGUUGCGUUCACUGAGCAGAUGCCGGCAGAUGUCGUCAUGAGCAUGAACCUCAAGAUCGCUCUGGUGCUGUUACAACAAGCGAAUCCGGACUAUUUCCGCUUGGCCGAUUUUGCGAAGCGCAGCAUACCUAUGCUCCCUGACCAUCCCAAGCGCAGCGCAUUCUUCGACGUCUUCCUGCGCGCGUCAGUAGUCAUGCGACACUCCAAGGGGCGCAUGAAAUGGCACUCGAAUAUUGUCAAUGAUGGACUGACCAAAACGCUGCAUGGUCUGCGGGCGUUAGGUGUGGAGUUGAAAGAACACGUCUCUGAGGAACAAAUAAACGCUAUAUACGAGCGUGUCCGUUCCCAAAUUCUCGAGACUGGAUUUGACCAAAUCCUUGCCUUGCCUCACUGUUCCGACCCAAAAGUCGAGCUCAUGGUCUCACUCCUCAAUGAUACAAGCAUUAACGCGCAUUGGGCACAAGGCCAGGGAUUGACCGAUGUUAAUAUCGAACUGAGCUUAAAACAUGGGAUCUCCACUGGUAGUCCUGGAGGAUUUAUGUGGGCUCUGGGUGUCGCAGCGGAACGCAAGGCACACUUCAGAUUCGGGCAGCAGAUGGGCAAACUAGCGAUGCAACUUGCGGCCAAGCACUCUGUGAUCGGUGACAGAGCCAAAUAUGAGGUCAUGUAUAUUACAUUGGCCUCGGGAUGGGAAACUGAGCACAUUCGAGCCAACCUCGCUAGAACAGAGUCUGCACUACGACUGUCCCGAGCAGCCGGUGACCGACAUGGGAUCUCCACUGGUAGUCCUGGAGGAUUUAUGUGGGCUCUGGGUGUCGCAGCGGAACGCAAGGCACACUUCAGAUUCGGGCAGCAGAUGGGCAAACUAGCGAUGCAACUUGCGGCCAAGCACUCUGUGAUCGGUGACAGAGCCAAAUAUGAGGUCAUGUAUAUUACAUUGGCCUCGGGAUGGGAAACUGAGCACAUUCGAGCCAACCUCGCUAGAACAGAGUCUGCACUACGACUGUCCCGAGCAGCCGGUGACCGGAUUUACGCAAGCCUAGCGAGUCUCUUCAAUGUACAGACGCAGUUGUUCACAUACCGAUACUUGAGCGAACUAGUUACGUCUUGCGAGGAUGCCUAUCAAGACGUCACCACAUGGAUUUCAGGAAACAACACGGAAAUUCUCGUCAUGGCUAUCUUGAUGUGUGCUCGGGCCUUUGGAGGGUAUACUGUCAACACGAAGCUUGAGGACGCCCUCGACUGUGAAGAGUUCAUCGAAUCGGAAUAUCUUGAGAACGUCGUCAUGCAAUCCGCCAAUGUUCCGUUUGUCCUGAACUGGUACAAUACUUUCAAGGUCGUUGCGUUAUACAGCCUUGGAUACUGGUCGCGGGCUGCGGAGCUCGGAUUCCAGAUAUACGAGUCUCGCAAGUGGCACCCCAACUAUCGCCAUCGAGAUACUUGGAGCAAAUCCGAAGCAAUCAGGAGUACGUCAGAAAGUGGGCUCAAGCAUCAAUCACCAAAAAACACAAUGCAUUGGCUUGCUCUCAUGGAUGCUGAAUUUGCGUCGCUCACUGAAGGAGCUGACGCAUUGAAACUAUAUGACAUCGCCAUUAAGAUUGCCUCAGACAAUGACUGGAUCUUGGAAGAGGGAUGGGCCUUGCUGGCUCUCAUUUCAUCCGAUGUGCCAGGUGAGCUUUGGGAGCGAAAUGCAGCGUCGUGGAAUCGGUCGACAAAACCAAUGGGGCGCGCUUGGCAUUGUCAUCUCGAUGGAGAAAUCUUGCGAGAAGUCGGAUUCAAUAUUCAUGAGGGCCGUGACGGUGGACGUGGGCACUCAGACGGAACAGAUUGA